AUGGAACCGGUUCUGAUCGCCCCCGUUCAGCUGCUGGUCGACCGUUUUAUCGGGAAGGUGAGUGGCUUCCAGCCUUUCAAAUGGCCGGCCCAGGGAGAAUACCUUUUUGCCGGGGCUGUAAAUGCAGGAUACAAUUCGCAGGCCAGGGGAAUCGAGUUUUUGAUGGAGCGUCGAAAUGAAGCCAAACUUCACGCUGUCGAACCCUCAAAAGUAUUGUUACUUGGAGAAUGCGUCUCCAUCCGGACAGCAUUUACUGAAAAAGACGUCCGGGUCAUCAAGGUGCAUAUGCGAGACAAUACCGUCUAUACGAUCACCUCGCGAGAUUUCAGCCAAUUAAGAGAGACGCUGUCAAAAGCCACUUUUCCACAUCGCUACGUUACAAUCCAAUCUCGGCCAUCCACAUCAACGGAAUCGUCGCCGCUUUCGGAUUCCGGCAAUGGUGAAAUUUUCGAUAAGCUCCCAAUCCUUUUGCUCCCCACCACAAUGAGUCGAGCCAAACGCUGGAGGGACGGAAACUAUGACCUCCAUUUUGCUGCGGAUACCUUAAACCUUGAGCUGACAGGCGAUAUCCUGGAUGCUUGGCCAUAUCGUUCGAUAUUGUGGGUGGCAACCGGAGAGCGAUGUCUGGGAUUUGAGAUUGAGGACACCGGUGUUUUCGAGUGUGCUUGUGCUGCACCGCAAUUGGCUGUCGACAACUUCCGAAACCACGUCAAGUUUUCGACCAUCUUCCGCCCGGUGCAGAAGAAGACGUUGAACACCUACAACAGAAACUACACUCCGUUGCGUGAAGAAACUCCUCUAAACACUUCAUCAAUUGCUGAGGAUGAGGAGGAGUACGCUGAGGUGAUCGACAGCCGGGCCUCUACGAACAGAACCACAGAUAGCGGAGUUUCAGUCGGUGAAAAAUCGUUGAACCCAAUCACCAAGAUGGUCUCCAACAGCAUGCAAGAGCUUGCCGUCAAAGAAAAGCCCGAAGAGAAGAAGAGCUUCAUGAAGUUCUUUAGAAGAAAUUCGGCAAAAACCCGAAGCGAAAAAGGACGAGACGCAUUUGAAAAGAAUGCCGACAGCGAGUGGCUACACGUCCCUCCGCCGCAGAAGUCAAUCGAAGACACGAGCGAGGUGGAUCGGUUUAAGACCGAAUUAGAAGCGGUGGUCAAGCGGAGGGAGCUCUCCACUAAAACCCAAGCUACCCUCCAACACCGCCGAGUCGACUUCAGCCUCCUCGACCAAGAGCUGGCCAAGCAGUUCGGCAAUCUCCCGCCCUCUGAGAGAUCAAGCAUCGCA